UGGCAGGGACAAGUUCAAGGUUCUGUAUGGUUGAAAACAAAACAAGAAGACACAUGGAAGCCAUGUAAAAAGAAAGAAGCAGGACUCUCUCUAACUAAACUAUCACAAUUUCUAAAUCCAAUGGCAACUCCAGUAAAAGUAUACGGUCCGCCACUUUCCACUGCCGUGUCUCGAGUCCUGGCCUGUCUACUGGAGAAAGAUGUGGAUUUUCAGCUCAUUUCAAUUAACCUGGCCAAAGGCGAACACAAGAAGGCCGAUUUUAUCAAGAUCCAGCCCUUUGGUCAAGUACCAGCUUUUCAAGAUGAGAACAUCUCACUCUUUGAGUCUCGAGCAAUUUGUCGUUAUGUAUGUGAGAAAUACAAAGAAAAGGGUAAUAAGGGAUUGUACGGGACAAACCCAUUGGCAAAAGCAUCCAUAGAUCAGUGGUUGGAAGCUGAAGGGCAAAGCUUUAACCCACCUAGUUCUGCUCUAGUGUUUCAACUAGCAUUUGCGCCUCGAAUGAAGCUCAAGCAAGAUGAGGGUCUGAUCAAACAAAGCGAAGCGAAGUUGGCAAAAGUUCUUGAUGUUUACGAAAAAAGGCUGGGCGAGACUCAGUUCUUGGCGGGUGAUGAAUUUUCUUUGGCCGAUCUUUCACACUUGCCUAACACCCAGUACUUAGUGAAUGCCACUGAUCGAGGAGAGCUCUUCACUUCUAGAGAGAACGUGGGGAGAUGGUGGGGUGAGAUUUCCAGUAGAGAAUCCUGGAAGAAGGUGGUUGAAAUGCAGAAGAGUACUUGAAUUUGGUUGUUGUUGUUGAUCUCUACUUGUUUAUUUAUUUUUUGUAAUUUGUCUUGUUUAAGUUCUUGCUACAAUAAGAGGGUCUCUUCUCUUAUGUGUUUGAUGAACUCAUUAAAUUUCAUUACGGCAUAUAAGUUUCUACCUGUGGA